AUGUUGUCUCACAAAGGCACAAAAGAUCAAGCAUUCCCACGCAGCCAGAGGCGACACCAUCCUAUCCUGCAAUAACUAUGCAUGAAAAGGGACAAUAAGAUCCAGUGCAGCAUCAGGAGGAGGCGUUGGAGAAGGACCAAGGUGGGAUGGUAG